AUGCAAAAUAAACGCAGCCAGAAAAUACAAUGGGACCGCCGUGUUAAUGCUGCAGGUCCAGAAAGUCUACUAGUCGUGGCGAGUCUCAGAAAAAGCAGUGUUAAAAUCAUCAACACGUUCUCGUUUUUGGUCAACAGUAUAUACUGGACGACAUUCGAAUCAACAAAGAGAGGGUUCGAGAAACCGACUUCAGAAAAGAAUACAUUUAUAUUAAAUUUCUUUUGUGGAUCUGUAGCUGGCAGCAUUGCUGCACUCGUUACCCUUCCAUUUGACGUAGUUAAAACACAUCAACAAAUCGAAUUAGGAGAAAAGGAAAUUUACACAGAUGGUAAAGUUCACCAGAGGGCCGCAAAUAUGAAAAAUAUAGCACUGAACAUAUAUAAAAACAAUGGGUUCAAAGGUCUCUUUACAGGACUUCUGCCUCGAAUAUUUAAAGUAGCACCUGCCUGUGCGAUUAUGAUAGCAACAUUCGAAUAUGGAAAGCAGUUUUUCCAAAAACACAACACACAAAAAUAUAAGGAGAAAAUGCAGAGGCCCCAGGAAAUAGUGCUUGUUGGACAAUCGGCAAAUAGUAAUGAUUAUUCCUAA